AUGUCAAGUUUGUAUCGUUCGAGUACGGAGUCAACAGCUCGUCUCACGGGAAGUCAGGUCUGCCGACCACACCUCAUACAUAGUCCCGGUAUUCCUUGGCUGGACAGCGGCAAGGCAGCGCUCUCCGCCGCCCACCACAACGCCUGGGCGGUCAGUCACUUCAGCAAGCCUGGCCUGCACCCCGCCAGCGCCGGUUACCCGUGCAGCAGCAGCUCCAGCACCGCUCCCGUCUCCUCCCUCACAUCCGCAACCCACUCCAGUCCACAUCCCCUCUACAAUUUCCCCCCAACCCCACCGAAAGACGUCUCACCGGACCCCGGCCCUUCUUCUCCGACCUCCACCACUGCAAGAAUGGAUGAAAAGGAGUCCAUCAAGUACCAAGUGUCCAUCGCUGAUGGGAUGAAAAUGGAGGGAUGUAGUCCUCUUCGGGGAAGCCUGGCUAUGAGCGCCCAAACACCGUCCACGCAAUAUCCCAUCCCAACCUACCCAACAUACUCUCUUCCCGCGCCACACGAGUACGGCGGCGGUCUGUUUCAUCCUGGUACCCUCCUCAGUGGAUCCGCUUCAAGCUUCACACCUAAAUGCAAAAGCAAGACGCGGUCGUGCUCAGAGGGGCGUGAAUGUGUGAACUGUGGAGCCACCUCCACCCCGCUGUGGCGGCGGGACGGAACGGGCCACUACCUCUGCAACGCAUGCGGCCUGUACCACAAGAUGAACGGCCAGAACCGACCCCUUAUCAAGCCAAAGCGCAGACUGGUGAGUCGAUGAGCCCUCCAGAAUUCUUUCAGUUCCCCACACACAUGAGAAAGAGGGCUAAAUAGGAGCACUGAGCAGAAAGCCUGAGCACAAUUCCAGGAAAGUUAUAUUUUCCCUAUUAUCUUCCUGGAAUUGUUUGUCGCCCUCACCCCCUGGUGAUCCCCUACUCUGCCUGUUACAAUACUGCUACUAUUGCCAUUGUUCCCGCUAUCAUUAUUGCUUCUAGUUCUGAU